AUUAAAUAAUCAGCACGUGCGAGUCACGUGCAUCGGCCAUGUUUUAAUUUUCAUGUUUCAUUCCUUCCUCAGAAAUUGGAUGUAUCGAAAAUCUUUUAGGCAGCCAGCCUCAUAAAACCCGCGAAUUGUUGUACGAUUUUCGAACACACAAAUACAUACAUAUAUAUAUACACACAGAGGGAGAGAGAGAGAGAGAGAGAUAGAGAGAGAGAGAGAGAGAUAGAGAGAGAGAGAGACGAACAGAGGAGUAAAUCCGAAGAAAUUGAGGUGGAAAAGGGGGGUUUAAGUAGCCGACAAGAUCAAUGACGGAGGAUAGUUGUCCUAGGGUUUCACCAUCUGAAUCCGAUUCAUCGAAGACGAAGCAAAGAAAAAAGAGGAAGUGGGAUCAGCCGGACGAGUCGUUGGUAUCUGGAAUAGCAGUUCCGGGGAUUUAUCCAGUGGCGAACAUGGGGUCUUUGGCCGGGAUAACUCUGCCUGCAGUUUCUUCUGGCGCUUCUCUUGCAAUACCUUUUUCCAAUUCUAGUGUCGUCCCGCUGCAAGCGGUUCAGGUGCCUUUGCAGCAACAUGCUGCUGCCAUUGUCCAAAAGCUAAUCCAACCAAAGAUCCAAGAUGAAUUAAUUGCUAGAGAAAUUGUCAUAAACGAUGCUGACUCUGCUAUUCGUUAUAAGCUCACAAAGCGGCAAACACAAGAGGAGAUUCAAAGGAGCACUGGGGCUGUGGUAAUUACUCGGGGGAAAUAUCGAUCUCCUAAUGCGCCACCUGAUGGGGACAGGCCCUUGUAUCUUCAUAUAUCUGCGGCUUCCCAUCUGGAAACAACAGCAGAACGAAUCAAAGCAGUUGAUCAAGCUGCUGCUAUGGUGGAAGAAAUGCUGAAACAGCUAACAAGGAACAUUGGAGCUAAGGUUGAUCAUUUGAUGAAGACCUGUGUCUUUCUGGGAUUUGAGGCGGACCCAUCGUUCAACAUAGUUUCUCGCAUCCGUGGUCCAAACGACCAGUAUGUAAACCACAUUAUGAAUGAAACAGGAGCAACUGUAUUACUUAGAGGACGGGGUUCUGGAUAUUCUGAAAACGUGAAAUAUGAAGAAACACAACAGCCGUUGCAUCUCUUGUUAUCAAGCAAUGACGCAAAAAGUCUUGAACAUGCAAAGCUCUUAGCAGAAAAUCUUUUGGAUACAAUUAGUGCCGAGUGCGCUGCAUCUAGGGUAUCUUCGUCUAAAGUGUAUGGUGCUGUUCCUCCUCCACCUCAGUUACAGGUGGGGGUCCAGAGUCCUGGAAGGGCAUCAGAAACGAAUGAUGUAGCUUCUCUCAGUUCAUCUGCUUUGAUCGAUGGGAGCAGUGGACUUCCUCAAUCAAGCACUGGUUGCUAUCCUCAUGGGUUGCAGAGUGGAACAAGCUAUAUUGGUUACGGUGGCAUAUAUCCACAAGCAACGCCAUUGCAACAAGUGGCGUUAGCCCUUAGGCGGUCCACCUCUCCAGUGACUGCUACAGUUGCUCCUGCCACCACAGCAGCAAGCACAGGACCACCACAGGAGGUAUCCGACGCUGCAAAGUAUAAGCGUUCCCAAAAGCGAAAAUUUCAGGAGUUGCCUGCUGCUGCAAAAGGGCCAGCAAAUAUUAACCAGAAGAAUAUACAGGUAUCAGAAUUUCCAAUGCCACGUGAUCUAACUUCACAUGUAGGUGCAAGAGAUAUUUCAGUUGUGCAAGAUCCAAAGAAAUUCGUUAAGCCAUCGACCAAUGGGAUGCCGCCGCCACCUCCUAGGAGUUUACCACCAUCCUUCUCUGCCCCACCAAAGUUUAGCUCCACUACCAAAGUGAAUGGAGACAAUAAGGGAACUCAGCUCUCCAACUCUGAAGUUGUCCCUGAUACUUUGAUCAAGCUAAUGGAAUAUGGAGAUGAUGAUGAUGAUGAUGAUGAUGACCUCGAGGAAACAGCCGAACAACCCAUGGAAAAGCACUCGAGCAAUCCAGCUAUACCGAAACCUUUCUGGGCUGUUUGAAAUAUGCAUUUCACAUCUCCUUUGACCACCAAUAAUGGUGGUUUCUUCUACGACCUAUUCAACCGGAUAUUCUCUAUCCCAAAAAUGCAGACUGAGUGAAGGAUAUGUUUACGUGCAUUAUUGGGAAUUACAGACUCCACCUCAGCACCAGAUAGAAGAAGGGCAUGUACUUUUACAUUAGUUGUAGAAUUUACGGAUUAGAGAAACUCUGAUAUUUUUUCGCUUCUUUAAAUGUAUGUUACCUGCAUCAGGUGAAACUCUUUACACCAUUGUAUUUGUAUUAGUGGGGAUGCAUUGCAAAAAUUUCUUCCUCGGAAAUUAUUCCGUCUCCGAUGAAACUCUUCACAAUCACACCAUUAUUUUAGUGGAUGGGUUGCAAACAUUCA